AUGGGAGCACCAUCUCCCGAGAUGGCUCGAUCGCCGAUGUCGUUCGCCUCCCCACGACUACCACGAUCAAGGACGCAAAGUAUAUCCAGCGACCGACCGUCAACGAUUGGGCAAGGCUUGGUCUCUCCACCUCAGUCUGUUUCGCCCGAAGCUGCCUUCAUUGCUGCCUCUGCUGCAUCACAGAUCGUUACGAACGAUUACGAUAGCCACGCAGACUCGUGGUAUGAUGAAAAUGGCAUGCUUCCCUCAGGCGAGACUGCUCUAGUCUCCCAGGGCGCCCUCCAGCUCGUCAACAACUUCCUCGACCAGCUACUCUUCAACUUCCUACAAGUAUCCAAGGCUACGACACUUGCCGCUCUUCGACCCGCUGUCACCGAAGUGCUCAAGCCCAAACUGGCUAAAGACGCAAUCAACAAUGCCGACGAGGAAUUGCGUGAAUACCUGGGAGGUGGUGACGAGGAUGACUUUAUCCACCCGCAAGGGGCCGAUGCGGCUGCUCGUGACUGGGACCUGGAGCUUGUUUGGAAGCGUACACGUCUGAGGUGCAUGGUCUACUCUUCGCUCGGAGACAUGGAGGAGGAAGAUGAGGAUCUCUACAUGGAACAAGAGAACUUGGAGAUUGGCGCUGAUGAGCAGAUCUCGGAUGUCAUCUCACCAGCUGUUGCAAUUUUCCUCACCUCCGUCCUGGAGUACAUGGGCGAACUCACUCUCACAGUUGCGGGGCAAGCGUCAUACCACAGGCUGCGCGCGGCAUUUCAGAAAGAAAUCAAGGAUGGUUCGCGCCAUGCGUCUGAUGUUGGCGAGCGCAUUGUGGUAGAGGAAGGAGAUAUGGAGCGGGUCGCCCUCGACCGAACUCUGGGCCGACUUUGGAGGGGGUGGAAGAAACGCAUCAGGAGUCCUACUUUCAUGGAUCCGGGCUCUCGGCCUUAUUCGAGGGCCUCACUAGGACAUAUGAGAAGCAGCUCCAGCGCCACCGAUGUUCUCGUGCCUCGGACGGUUGCCAGUGACGCGGAGAGCGAAGCAAAACGCCACUCGGGACCCGUGGGAGGGGAUGGAGAGGGUGCAGCCAACAACGACACUGAGGCCUCAAUGGCAACAGAUCCUGCCGGAAUUCCCCUACCAUGGACGGACAACGACGUGGACGAGAUCGAGGUGCCUGGUCUGGCAUAUAACAGUGACGAGGAUGACGAGGACGUCGAGGAAGACCUUCCAAAGAGGUCUUUUAGCUUCAUUUUGCCCGCCUCCUUGCUUCGACAGUCUGCAACCCCCAAGAAGCAUGCGCGGUCUUCGUCGCUCCCGCGUGCCAAGCGUGCCAAGUUCUAUGCUGUCCCGAACGAGUCAAACGAGGAAGCUCAGGCGCAAUCGCAUCGUGAAGCAGACCUUGUCGGUGGAACUGGAGCCCCUGGGGCAUCAGAACCCGCCGAGGACGGCCAAGAGGCCAUUGGCGUUGCGCAGACCACCGAUGAAAGGACCGAGAAUUCAAGGUCUCCACAAGCGGAAGACUUGGGCACCUACGAGAGGGCGGAGAUCAUGACAUCCUCACGGGUGUCGGUGGCUAGCAGCAGCUCUUCAAACUAUGAGGGUCGCUCAAGGAAGUCGACAAGUGUAUCCUCGGCACGCAUCGUCGACGUGCCUGCACCAAAGACGUUCGGAUCUCAUUCUCCCUCAAUCGACGCCGCCGAGAGGCCUCCACGCUGGUCGAGCCACCGAUCACGCCGUAGCCAUUCACCCAGUCCUGUGGAUGAUGAUCGGGCAACUCGCGCAGCGGACGCCAAUGCUGGGGCUGCGAGCGUGACAUACCCGAUGAGACCGUCCGCGGAUCGUACGAAUAAUGCAAGCACGACGAUUUCUCAGGGGUCAGGCGAGGUUCUUUAUGUCCAUACGACCAAGACUCAUGCUCCCGAGCCUGCGGCGUCUAGCACAAGUGCACGCUCCUACGCCAAGCCAUCGUCGAGUCGAGCCAUGCACAGCAACACAAAUACCAUUGAGUCGAUCCCCGAGGUUCCCUCCAAGUCCUCGAACCGGCACGGCAAACAAGACAGUCAAGCACUGAGUGAGAAGACGAUAUCGAGAGACUCGGAGGAUAUGGCCUUCAUGCCCAUCCAGUCCAAUGCGUCUCAGCGGCAGACUCACACCUCCGGGUCAUCGAGCUCCUCGCCCACUGGCCGCAUCAAGCCGGUGCGAACCUCCGAGGAACACGUUCCCACACACGCCGAGAACGUAGCGCGCAACUUUGAGGAGCUCAUCCAGAGCAAUCAGACCAUCACAUACACCCUUACGCCUGAAAACAUGCGUGCCAUGGAUUCUCCGCGCUCCCCAGGCAGCUCUGCUUCAGCCAAGUUCCCUGACAGCAAGCCUUCAACAGAACGUGUUCGAUCCUCCUCCUCGACCACCGACCAUAUGGCUGGCGCCGGUAAUCAUUCGCCCGUUGACUCCACAGGCAACAGGCCGACACCCAUUGCCAUCGCCGGCAGCGGCGCCAGCUCCAUGGGCAAGCCAAGUGCGGUCAAGUCUCCCCUGAGCAGCACAACGAACCCUGUCAUCACUAGUCCGCCCGCCUCCGAGUCGCCUCGGGCGCAUUCUGGUCUAGCGAGAGAAGCACGCGUGCCGGCGGAUUCUACCGCUGACUUUGCUGAGUUCAUCAAGUCGACAGGCCCCCCUGGGGAGUCGCGUGCCCCAACGGGUCUUCGUGCCAGUGGUGCGACUGCGGCGCCCCCAACGACCAAGGUUGAAAGCCUCUCCCGGCGUGUGUCUACCACGAAUCGUAACCGCUAUCAGCCACGCGACGCCGCAGUCGAGGAGAAGGAAGACAGCGGUGAUCUUGUCGACUUUCUCCGUCAAGGACCGCCCAGCACCAGGAGCAACGCCAGAGGCCCGAAACAUGGAGGAGCACCGCUGCAGACUGCCUCCAUCCCCGAGGCGCGCAACAGCCAGGCAUCCACAACCAUCACGGAGCGGUCUAUCCAGUCGUCGGCGAAUUCCAACACGGCGCUGUUGAGGAACAAGCCAUCGCCUGCGCAACACAAGAAGAUGUUCGACGAAGAGGAGGACAUGAUUCCCAAGCGCAAACAACGACGCGUCCGUGAUCCCUACGCCAUCGACUUCAGCGACGAAGAAGAGGACGAUGAUGACCUGCUGGGAACGCCUCAGCCCUCUGCGAGGAAACCUCCCGCGAAAAAGGAAGAGAGUCUGGCCGAGUUCCUGCGCAACUACGAGCCACCUCCAGAGCCCGCGCCCGCUCCUGUUGUUGCCGACAAAGGGCCCAAGAAGAAGGCGAGCGCGCCCAGCCUCAUGGGUCGACUCACGCGCGGCCAAUUUGGCAGGGACAGAAGCGACAGCGGCAGCGCAAAGGACAAUGGCCGCGCUGCCUCCAAGCCGACACCUGCCCCUGAGGCCAGGUCGAUGAACCAUCGCUCAGAAUCCAUCUCCAGCAAUGGGCCCCGAACUGGCCAUGUGCCCAUCCAAGUCAACAUACCCACGAGCCACAGUUACAACAACGCGUACGGGUCGACAGAGCCACGUGCAGAGCGACCCCGUGUUGCCUCGGCCGCUGGAUCUGGGUCUGGCAGGGUCCCCAUGAAGAAGUUUGAGCCUCGCGAACCAGUGGGUGGCGGCAGCCGCAGUGAGACCGCCGACCUGGCGGCCUUCCUCCGUGACUCGGGGCCGCCUCCCGGCAUGAAGGAGGCAACGCCUGCGCAGUCUCCUCCUGCGGCUGCUGAAGGGUCAGGGUUCUCCAAGUUUCUGAAUCGCCGCAAGAAGACUCUGGUCUGA